CAUCUCUAGCUUCACAGCAGAUGUGAUGUUAGCUUGUUUUCUUGGGCGCUCCUAUCUGUUUUUCCAUCUCUGUUAACUGUCUGAAGCUUCCCUCACCAAACCAUGGCCGAGGAGGCCGAGGGUUCCCCUCUGUCGUCCCAACAUGACGUUCCAGAGGUGCUUCAGCAGCGAGUUGCUGCUCUGGAGCAGGAGAGAGCCGAGUUCAUUCGACUCAAGCAGCAGCUUGAGGCCGAAUUCAACCAGAAGCGAGCCAAAUUCAAAGACCUGUACAUGUCUAAGGAAGAGGAACUGAAGAGGCAAACGACGGCCCUGGAGAACUCCCAAAGCGAGCUCAGCACUGUACAUGCCCAGCUGGCUCAGGCCCAGGCUGAGAUCGAGACCAUCAAAGCCGUGGCCACCGUGUCGGAAAACACCAAACAGGAAGCUAUCGACCAGGUCCGCAGCCAAUGGCAGGAGGAAGUGGCCUCUCUGCAGGCCAUCAUGAAAGAUCUUCUCCUUGAAUUUAGCUUAAUAUUUGAAGUGAAGAUGCAGAGUGAACAGAGAUAUUCAGAAUGUUUGUCCCUAAACUGUUUUGUUGGUAUUUUGAAGUUGAAAAGGUGUUGUUUGUUUCAGGCUCAGGAGGAUGCAGAGAAGCUGCGCUCAGUGGUGAUGCCCAUGGAGCAGGAGAUCGCCGCUCUAAAGGCCAAGCUGGGUACUGCUGAGGACAGGAUAAAGGAGCUGGAGGCCUCUAAGGUGAAGGAGCUCAAUCAUGUUCUGGAGGCUGAGAAGUCGUGUCGUACGGACUUGGAGAUGUACGUGGCCGUGCUGAACACUCAGAAGUCUGUGCUGCAGGAAGAUGCAGAGAAACUACGCAAAGAGCUUCAUGACGUGUGCCACAAGCUGGAGCUGGAGCGGCAACAGCACAACCAGCUGAAGCAGACGUGGCAGCGGGCCAACGACCAGUUCCUGGAGUCUCAGCGCCUCCUGAUGAGGGACAUGCAGAGGAUAGAGAGCGUGCUGUCUUCUGAGCAGCUCAGGCAGGUGGAGGAGAAAAAGAAGAAGGAUCAGGAGGAGGAUGAGAAGGAGCGGCUGAGCCUGGCGAAGGACCUGCAGGAGGAUGAUGGAGCCGAUAACACUGAGCCUCUGGAGGACUUCCUCGGCCUGAGCAUUGAGGAGCCUAAUGCCAACCACAGCGCUCAUGGUUCCAUUCACUCCUUAGACAGCGAAGUGGUGGCGGGGGGGCCUUCAGACACCUAUAAGGACAAUCUGCGGAGAGUCCAGUCGACAGAUAGCCUCGGUUCCUCGCUGUCUUCGCAGCAGGGACUCGGCGGUCACAACCAUAAGGCCAAGUCGGCCAGCAACCUGGACGAAUCUGACUUUGGGCCUCUGGUGGGGGCGGACUGCAGUGUGACGGACAGUAGUUUUGGCGAGACCUCGUCCAUCGGCUCCAUCAAGCUGACGGCGGGUCACUUCUUGCUUACUAAAGACCAGGAGAAGGCUAUCAAAGCCAUGACCCCUGAGCAGGAGGAGACGGCGUCGCUGCUAUCCAGCAUCUCUCAUGCCCCUGAUUCAGCUUAUUUACCGCCUGCAGGCUACCGGCUCGUCAGUGACACCGAAUGGAACCUGCUGCAGCAAGAGGUAAAAAACGCUGGCAGGAAGCUCGGCCGACGCUGCGACAUGUGCUCUAACUACGAGAAGCAACUACAAGCCAUUCAAGGACAGGAGGCCGAAACACGAGACCAGGUGAAGAAGCUGCAGGUCAUGCUCCGUCAGGCUAAUGAUCAGCUGGAGAGGACGAUGACGGAAAAACAAAGCCUAGAAGAAUCAGUAAAAGUAGGAAACGAGGAAACUGCUGCUAAGGUGUCUGCCCUCAUGCAGAGUGUCCAGGAGUCGGAAACACUGUUCAACACACUACAGCAGGCCUUCAGCGAGGCUAAGAGGAGCACGCAGGAGCAGAUGGCGGUGCUCUUGAAGUCGAGAGAGAAGGUGGCGGAGGAGCUAAGCCGACUACAGAGAGACAACGAGAGCCUGCAGGGUAAACACAGGCUGCAUCUAGAACUGCAGCAGCAAGAAGACUUCCUCAUGCCUAACACUGUGCAGGAUCUACAAGGUCUGGUGUCGCAGCAGCGGGACGACAUUGUGGCGUUGCGGACGGCGGCCGAUCACAUGGAGGAGAAGCUAAAAGCGGAAAUCCUGUUCCUGAAGGAGCAGAUCCAGGCGGAGCAGUGUCUGAAGGAGAACCUGGAGGACACGCUGCAGCUGGAGAUUGAGGGCUGCAAGGAGGAAAUAGACAUCUUGGAAGCAUCUUUCUCCAGCCUGAAGACGGAGCUGGAGCGAAUAAAAGCAGAGAAGCAGCAGCUGCAGAACAGUUUAGCUGAAAAGACCGAAUCACUGGACGGCAUCCAGAGCGCCAAGAUGAGCCUGGAGCAGCAGCUCAAAGAAGUCACCAGUGCAAAGGUUUGUUGUCUUUUCAUGCUCAACCAGUUAAAUGUUGAAGAAAAUAAUCUGUUGAUUUUUUCCAAUGAGCUUUCUGAUCCAGAUUCCUCCUAAUAAUCUGUUCUUCUUCGUUUGUGUCUUCAGGUCCAGUUGGAGCGAAUACGACAGGCGGAGUCUUUGGAUCGGAUCAAAGUUAUCCUGAACGACACCAACCUGACCGACAUCAAUCAACUUCCAGAUACAUGAUAGCUCCAGAACGAAGACUGGCUUUAGUUUCAUUCUGUCCCUCCACCACCACCGGCCCGCUAACAUUAUUAUCUGACCCCCCCCAGCCCCCCUCCCCUAACCACACUGGAAGGACAAGAAUCGGCGGAUAUCCUGUGGACAUUUCAAAGCCUUUUUGGGUAGAAUAAUGAAGAAGAACACUACUACAACAUGUAAAUAACUAAAUGUGUGACUGUGAGUCGAGGGGGUGGAAGCCCCUCUCCCUGUGGGGGGGGUCUGCCUGUGUCAUGUUUCUACUGUAGAUACGACUGUGUGUAUUAGCUCAACCAAAAACAAGGGUUUGUCAUCCUCCAAUGCACUUUCCAUCUUUCCGUCUCCCUCUCCGCUCAAAGCGUUUGAUAAUCGCUUCUUUAAUCCGCUCACUCGUCAUUCUCUCGUCUUUUUCUGUCCCGCCGCACCUCGACAAAUUAUGAAGGAUGAGAAAUACUUGCACAUACUCUAACUGGGACAAGACCAUCAGAACGCAAGCAAUAGCUUCCACUUUAACGGCGGUUUUGCCGCAUUUAUCGUCUAAAUUAAAUGUUUUUCCUUUAAUAGUUGCCCUAUUCAGAUCUGUCAGGGUUUUUUUUUCUUCCAGAAACACUAUUUAACUCCAGGAACAAAGAAGAAGAAGACAACGGGUCAAGAUUAACGAAGAAAUGGGAAGGAAUGGAUUAGAAUUUGCUUCUGUUGUGAUUUCCUUUUUUUUUCAGAUAAGUAUUGAACUGAUGAUCUUAAUGUCUUUUUGAAGAUCUUAAAUGUUAGUCGGGAGCUUUUAGGCACCCAAAGGAAGUGGAUUGUUAACGAGCUGCGCCCCCCCACCCCCCUCUCAGCUGCUUGUCUUUAGUAAACUAUCAUAAAAUGGUCCGUCUGUCACUACAAGAACUUCUGUUGUCUGUAAACUGAUUUGAAUUAAAUGACCUCAAAAGUUUGAGUGCA